AUGCUACAGCCAUCCACUUGCUUGCUAGAAGAGUAUGUGACAAAGAAACAGAUCUUGUUAAAGUGCAAUGAUAGUAACAGACCAUGUGGGAAGAAAAUCCCUACUGCACUUGGAAACUCUGCCUCGCGCUGCGGUGCCCUCUCGCCUCAGCCCGCUGGCUCCCGCCCGCCUCCUCGCCGCCGCGCGGCCACCUCCCGAAGCGGCGGUUCCACCUCAGCCCCGGGCGUCGGGGCGGGACCGGCCCGCCCCAGCCCCAGCGCUGUAGAUAGCCUAGAGGCCGGGCCGGGCCAGCGACGCUCCGAGGUGGUGCGCGGAACGUCCUCGGCCGCCGCUGCCGCCCUCACCGGCGGCGCCACGGAGCAGCGCGGAGUGGCGGGCAGCAGCGAUGUCUGCAUGACCCAGACCGUCCUCCCGGCCCACUCCGACCACCGCGGGAAGCUUAGCACCGGUGAGCUGCUGAAGUGGAUGCAAGCCACGGCCUGCCUCGCGUGUACUGCGGCACGGGCGGGGGCGCAGCGGCAGCCGCCGCCGCAGCGGCCUGGCCGGCUGAGGUGCGGGCGUGAGCGUCGCCUCGGGGCGGCGGGGACACGGCCCCUGCCAUCGUUUGCCCCUGGGACUGCCUCUGGACCAUCCAUCCUUCCAUCCGUCCAUCCGUCCAUCCCAUCAGAAGUGCAUCUUCAGCUCUUCAGCUGUGUGAGGGCUGCGUCUGUUUUCCUGAAAACCGGUAGCCCAUACCCUGUGUUUGACAAUGACAGUAUUGGACAAGUUGUUGUCAUCAAAGCAAAGGUGAACAGAACAUUCAAAAUCAGCAUGGAGGUUGGCAUCAAGGUCAUGGUAGAUGAUGUUUUGUCUGGUGUUGAAAAAAUUGUGACCGUGGCAUGUGCAACAUAUGUAGCCAAACCAGGUGACGAUAGACAGGUUGAAUUAGAACCUGUAAAGCUUGUGUCUGCAGAAGACUACAUGGAGCAUGCCAUGGCUAUUGAGAGAAGAAAAAUCCAUCUGAACUACAAUGAGGUCUUUAAGAACCUAAUGCAGGAGAGUAAUAAUGAAGGUACUUUUGAAGAGAAAGGUACAGUUUCAACUGACCUUACUCAUGUACAGACUAUUGAGCUUGUCCAUCCUCCUCAUGUAAACCAUCAUGGAAACACUUUUGGUGGCCAAAUCAUGGCUUGGACACAGACAGUGGCAAGUAUUUCAGCAAGAUUGCAGGAGGCCUUUGAACUACUUAUGUGGUACAGUUCCCACAGCAUGCCACACCACUGUGGGAGUCAAAAUUAUUCUUCUUCAGCUACACAUGUAGAACCUAAGAAGGUAUUUGAAUCAUGUGUCCUACACACAGGAAAGCAUACACCAGUCCUUCUUAGUAUGUCUCGGGGCUACUUCUGCAUCAUUUUUAAUAUUGCAAUAAUUAAUUUAAACUUCUAUUUCAGUUUGGAGGUUGGUGUCCUUGUUGAGGCUUGUAACUGUGAAGAAUGGAUCAAGAAACAAGGAUGGCACAUUAACAGCACAUUUCUCAUUUUUACCACUGUAAAUGACAAAGGAAGGCUGCUGACCUUCCCCAGAAUCAGACCUACUGAAAAGGAUAGUGUGAGACGAUUCUAUGGAGCUAUUGCCUGAAGAAGAAUUUGACUAGCUAGCAAAUGCUCACUGCCUGAUAAAGAACACAAACUUUCUGAUUCCUGGGAGACAAGCAACCAGGGAUAUGUGAGUUACAGCAAUAUUGCUGCACUAAUGUACCUGGCAGAAAAACCAGGAUGGGAAAUAAUCAGCGAGCUGGAUAAUGUAAAACUGUGGACUCAUGAGGAGGGUGAUAGGUUGUCACUGAAAGUUGAAAUGUCAAUGAAGGUAUCAUCACGUCUCGCUUUCUCCUUUUUGUCUGACUUCACGUACCGCCAUCACUAGGACAAACAUUUCUCAACUUGUGAUCUGCUAGAGGUUGUGACUGAAGAUGAGAAAAUAUAUCAUGUUACAUCUCCACACAUGACUGGCAAUAAACCCAAGGACUUUGUGAUUCUUGUGUCUCAAAAGAAACCCAGAAAGCCAAGUGAACCCUACAUAAUAGCUGUGAAGUCAGUGAAUCUCACAUCUAAGCCACCUUCUUCAGAGUACUGCAGGGGUGAAAUCCUUUAUGCUGGAUUCCAGAUUUACAGUGACAGCAGCAGCUCCUGUAUGGUGUAUUACUUCCAUAAAGUGACAUCAAGUGUUAAGCCUUACGUGGCUGCAAAUCUUCCUGGCUCACCAAAAUCUAUUUUAGACAGUGCCUUGGAAUGUAAAAAGUUCUUGGAGAUGAAAGGUGGCAAGUGCUGA